CACAGGCGCGGUGCCGCCUGUAAAGGGCAGGCAGCGGCGGGGCCCGGCAGUAUUAAGAGUGCGGAAGCCGAGGUAGCACGGCAGGGGGUCGGCGGCAGCGGCUCUGCGGCCCCUAGGCCCGGCUCGCCCGCCGCCAUGGAGCCGGCGCUGCCGCCUCCUUUCUCGCGGGCGGUGCCGGGGGCCGGCCUAUUCAGGUGGCUGCGCGGGCGCUGCCUGGGCCGCAGCGCCGCCGUGGACCCCGCACGGGACACUUUCCGCGCUAUGACCGGGCUUUACGGCUCCAUCCAGCCCGCUGACUCCAUGUAUCUCAGCACCCGCACGCACGGCGCCGUCUUCAACCUCGAGUACUCACCCGACGGGUCAGUGCUGACUGUUGCUUGUGAACAGACUGAAGUACUGCUUUUUGACCCAAUAUCUUCAAAGCACAUCAAAACUCUCUCUGAAGCUCAUGAAGACUGUGUAAAUAAUAUCAGGUUUCUUGAUAAUCGACUGUUUGCAACUUGUUCUGAUGACACUACAAUAGCACUUUGGGAUUUAAGAAAGCUGAACACUAAAGUGUGUACUUUACAUGGUCACACCAGCUGGGUUAAAAACAUUGAGUACGAUACCAAUACAAGGUUACUAGUAACAUCAGGAUUUGAUGGAAAUGUGAUCAUCUGGGACACAAACAGGUGCACAGAAGAUGGAUGUCCCCACAAGAAGUUUUUUCACACCCGUUUUCUUAUGCGAAUGAGGCUGACGCCAGACUGUUCCAAAAUGUUGAUCUCAACCUCCUCUGGGUAUCUUCUGAUUUUGCAUGACCUUGACCUAAACAAAUCUUUAGAGGUUGGUAGCUACCCAAUUUUAAGAGCGAGGAGGACUACUUCAUCAAGUUCAGAUGUAACUUCAUCAGGUUCCUCUGGUCCUCGAGCUGUUGGUUCACCAUGUCACCAGAAUGAUUCAGGUCCACUGUCUGAGAAACAUAUGUCACGGUCCUCCCAGCGAGAAGGUGGAUCACCUAGAAAUAGUUUGGAGGUCUUAACACCAGAGGUUCCUGGAGAAAGAGAUCGAGGCAAUUGCAUUACGUCACUACAGCUGCAUCCAAAAGGUUGGGCUACGCUUCUUCGAUGCUCAAGUAAUACAGAUGACCAGGAGUGGACUUGUGUCUAUGAAUUCCAGGAAGGAGCUCCUGUGCGCCCUGUCUCGCCUCGUUGUUCCCUGCGGUUGACUCAUUGCAUUGAAGAAGCCAACGUGGGCCGAGGUUACAUCAAAGAACUUUGUUUCAGUCCUGAUGGCCGCAUGAUUUCAUCCCCGCAUGGCUUUGGGAUCCGUUUGUUGGGGUUUGAUGCACACUGCAGCGAACUUGUUGACUGUUUGCCCAAAGAAGCCAGUCCCCUGAAAGAAAUCCGUUCCCUCUACUCUCACAAUGAUGUGGUACUGACAACCAAGUUUUCUCCAACACACUGUCAGAUUGCCUCGGGGUGCCUUAGCGGACGUGUUUCUCUGUAUCAGCCAAAAUUCUAGGCACAUCUUGCAUCAAUGGGACCUUCACGUGGUUGUGGGUUUUACUUCAGUUUAGUUGGAGUGUGUUCUUUCUGAAAUCUCCAAAUCCAGAUAAGAUCAUGGUUACUAUGAUCUCCGAACACAAUAGUAGAAUGAGUUUUCAGCCCAGCACUGUAUGCAUUCUCAUAGUGCAUCCACAAAUCUGCUUCCAUGCGCUGUAUUUUCAGCCUUCCAAGCAGACCUCUGAUCCUGUGCCAUCAGGUCAUUGUUCUGGUUUGUUUGUACCAUACUACUUGUUGAUAAUUUCUUUCAAUGCAAAUUCAAGUGGGCUAUUUGAAACUAACGUAGAGGGGGCAAAGGCAGCAGUUCAGCCAAAACUCAACCAGGAUCCACAGGUACAACACCUCCUUGUUUCAAAGAGCUGGACUUCUUCACGUAAACAUCCGUGUACACAUUGCUGAAACUACUAUAUGGUGAUUAUUAGAUAAGGAGCUACUUUUCUGUGUAAUAACACAAUUAGUUACUGUCACAAAAAAAAAAGGUUUUUCUCAUUUAUGUAUUCAGUUGUGAUUGGCUAGAAAUUUCUGUAAAGUUUUGCUACCCUUAAAGCAUAUGGUUUCCUGUGGUUGCAUAUAAUGUGUUUAUUGCCAGAAGGAAGAGGUUCUGUAUAGAGAUGUAGCUGCAUUUCUUUUCUCCAGGGAAUUUAGUAAGAAAAGACUGGGGCAGUGAAGCAGGAGUUGAAUGGGUGAAGACCGUGCCCUCUAUCCACUGCAGACAAAUUGGAUGUUUUGUACAGUGGGGGUGUUCUUGGUUGGCCUCUUUUAGGCAUAUGUGACUCCUCAGCCUCCGGGGUUACUGUUGUAAGGAGCCUUCUGCAUCAGUAGCAUAAACCUCCAUCCUGCGUUUAAAACUUAACACUGCAGAAUUUUCUGCUGAUGUUAAGGCUGUUUCCCACCUGACUGUUCUUCCACAUCUUGCCUGCACCGUUGCUGUGAGAGGAAUUCAUCUAGGAUAUAUUCCAUAGUAUCACCAGGUAGACUUUUUUCACAUGUACUGUUUUGGAAUGGAUUAAAAGCAUGCCUGUCUACAGUAAGAUCUAUUUGGAUUUAACUGGGCUUUUCAUACAAUGUGAAAAACAUUAAUGUUUACCAUUAAAUCAUAUACAAAGUAUGAAUGCUAAGUUUUAGCCCUUGAGUUAAUAUAGCUAACCUUGUAAGUAGUUAUUUCAGUCUUGUACAUCCAAAUCAGUUUAUAAUAUUCUCAUUGCUUGUAUGUUCCAAAAUGUGGGUUGGAUUUUUUGUUGGUUUUUUUUGUGGGAUUUUUAGUUCUUAUUUUUGUGUGUGUGUGUGGUUUGGUUUUGUGUUGGGUAUUUUUUUGUGUGUAUUUCACUAAGGUUUUGCUGCUGCUCAGUUCAGCAGGAAACCUUAUCUAAAAGAGACCGUCAUAUUUUGAUGUUCAGAUUUCAGUAUCUCUGACUCAACAGAGCAUGCUUCUUUACAAAGCCUUCUAUGAAACACAUGUCCAGGGAAAAAGAAGACAUUGGUGAAGGUGAGAUAGCUGAAAAUACUUAAGCCUGAUGAUCCUUUCGUAGUUUUGAAUUUGUGUAGAUAGCAAAUAUGACUGCAAUGUACACUGGGUGUUGGUGGAGCAGUCAUUGAAACUCAAGGUUCUUGUGCGUUAUGAGAAAAAUAAUUUAAUUUUCAGCUUGUGGAGAAAUCGUUUAGUAUUAAAAAGCCUUCAAUAUUGCGCAUUUGGUAAUCUGAGGACUCAGUUACUCCUGCAUUAGGUUUUCAGCAUGUUUAUCAUGUCUAGUAGUCUUUCUGCAUCUGACUGAUGCACUGUCAGCACAGCUGACAGAUUUCUGGUUUAUUGUUUGGUAAAAAUCCUAACUUUUGUGUUCUCAUGAGUUUUAGCAGAAUGAUUUGGUGACAGUAUCUCAGUAGAACAUUAUCCCAGCUGGAGGAGGAAGAAUAGUUUUUAAAGUAAAUAUACUCAGUUAACUUAAAAUGCAAAUGAAUGCCCAUAAUCUUCCCAGCAACUUGUAAGUAGAAAUGUUACAGAGCAUAUCUUCUGAGCAAUUUUGUUGCUGAAACUAUUGUCUUGAACUCAAAAGUAGAUCAAGGAAAUAAUAAAUAGAGAUGGAGAUGUCCCAUUUUCUGUAACAGUGACUCUGAAGUUCAAGCACUUGCACCUUUUGAGUACGUUUGGUACUCUGUGCAAGGAAUACAAUUCACUUUAAGUUAAUUGCCCAAGCCAUGAAAUACCUAAAUAAAAUAUGCAAGUGUAUCUGAGACCAGUUAUAAAUACAUCACUGGAGCCCAGCUCCUUUUGCAUGCAUAUAACAGCCUGUGAUCCAA